UAAGCAUGUUCAGGCUAUCUCGAGCAUGGCGAGCAUGUAGCGCGAAUGUAGAGCUCUUGCGUUGCUCUGCAGCACACCGGCGGAUCGCCCGGCUUCUCUCUGGGACGACUGACAGUGCAAGAGGUCCUGAGGUGCCGUACAGGCCGUGUCAUAUACCAGAGUCGUCUCGCGUACCUUGCUCUACGUCUUGGGAUAUGUCACUUGAUCACCCUGUCAUCUUGCGAGCAAACGGCGCUGCAGAUUCGCCAGGACUCCGCGCUCGGAGAUUGAUGAGUGCUCUAGUGAGCCAUAAGGACAAGUUAGUCGAGGUUGAAUUGGACACCUACGACGACAUACCGAACCAGGAGUUCGACAAGAUUCCAAUGCCUCUCGGAAAGUAUCUAGAGUGGCUGCAAGAGACCCCGGAAGGAACCAUCGGUGGUAAGCCGCUGUACCUGGCCCAGUGGGUAGGGAGAGAGCAGGUAGAUGCUGUAGGUGCCAAGGUGCCACCUCUGCUGCAGCCCCUGCUGGAGAAUGGCAGUGUUGACCUGUACAUGGAGGCAAUAUUUCUCGGGCCCACCGGCGCGGUGGGUCCUUGUUUUGUAUCCAUGCGUGAUCAUUGACCGACCAUAGGACCUCUAGGUGACCCCGUUUCACUACGAUUCAUAUAUGAAUCUAUUCCAUCUUCAGGCCGCGUCUGAAUCUACGAAAUUCGCGAAGCACGUACUGCUCAUGCCUCCAUCCACCUCGGAUAUGUUGCGGCACGCGCAGAGAGGCAGCAGUGUCUUCAGCAAUACAUCAAAAAUGAAAGUCCGGCUGCGUCGAGAGCGGUCCUCGGCCUCUGGGAUUCCUGGCGUGCAGUUUCAUAUCGAAGUCCACCCGGACGCGCCUCUGAAUGUGGCGGAAGCCGUCACUAGGCAUGGGACGACAUGUCUAGUGCGGGAAGGGGAGACCCUGUUUAUUCCUCGGGGAUGGUGGCAUCGAGUCGAGAAUGUCUGCCUCACAGAAGAGCCACAGCCCCUUGCAGGAUGGACCGCAGGUGUAUCAUGGUGGUUUCUGCCUAGAAGCGGCAGCCCUGCGAGGCCAAAGCCCGCCUUCUGAGAAGGACCACGCGUGACUUGCCUGUUAAUCGCAUGGCAAUGCUCAUCGAUGCAUAUCUCUUCAGAUGGCUUCUGCCCCCCAUGCUGCCAGUCGCGUGUAUGGCCACACCUCCUGCGUCCUUCCCGUUCCUGAGCCGACUAGGUUCAUAGCGAGGGUUCUUUUCCCGCCGCUUGCCGGGGCUGUGUCUUGACAUGGCACAUCGUAUUGACGACAGCGUUCUGCGCACAGGGUGUGUGGGCAGUAUGGACGGCGGGGCAAGGGCGCGAGUCGCAUAAGAAGCAGUACUUGGUACAGUCAUC